AUGUCACAACCAAAAGUCAUCAUUGUCUCUUCUGACGACGAGAAAUUCCCCGUGGAUUUGAAAGUUGCCGAGAAGUCAAUUUUGAUUAAAAAUAUGGUCAAUGAUUUAAAUCCUGAUGGAUUGGAGGAAGAUUUUGAGUUACCCACCCCAAAUGUAAGAUCCACCGUUUUAGCCAAAGUUUUAGAAUGGUGCGAACAUCACAAGGAUUCGAUUUUCCUGGAUGAUGAUGAUGAAGAUGCCAAGAAGAGUGCGCCUGUUGAUGAAUGGGACAAGAACUUUCUUCUGGUUGAUCAAGAGCUUCUUUAUGAGAUCAUGCUUGCGGCCAAUUAUUUGAACAUCCGUCCGUUAUUGGACUCAGGUUGUAAAAUUGUCGCGGAAAUGAUUCGUGGGAAGAGUCCUGAGGAAUUGAGAAGAACGUUUAAUAUUGUGAAUGAUUUCAUGCCUGAGGAAGAGGCUGCCAUCAGACGUGAGAACGAAUGGGCCGAGGACCGUUAG